GUUGCGCUCUUGUACAGCCUCCAGAGGGGCGGGGGACAGUGGAGGGACCGAGCCCAGCGAGGCACAGAGACGCCCGGACGGACCUGAGGCGUGGAGCAAGAAGCUGAGGCAGCAGCGUGUCCCUCAUCCAGAACUCAUCUGAGAAGCUGCUGUUUUCAGAAAGCGCUGCUCUGAUCCAAGCCAGUCACUGUACAGGGAGCUCUAGAACGUGCAGGAUGGGAGCAGCUUGCAUCAAAGUCACCAAAUACUUCCUCUUCCUCUUCAACUUGCUCUUUUUUAUCCUGGGUGCAGUGAUUCUGGGCUUCGGGGUGUGGAUCCUCGCUGACAGGAGCAGCUUCAUCUCUGUCCUGCAAACGUCUUCCAGCUGGCUGCAGGUGGCAGCCUAUGUCUUCAUUGGUGUGGGUGCAGUCACCAUGGUCAUGGGCUUCCUGGGUUGCAUUGGUGCUGUAAAUGAGGUCCGCUGCCUGCUGGGGCUGUACUUUGCCUUCCUCCUGUUGAUCCUCAUUGCACAGGUGGCUGCGGGGACCCUCUUCUACUUCAAUGCCGGCAAGCUGAAGCAGGAGAUGGGCAGUGCGGUGAUGAACAUUAUCCGAAACUACAAGGUCAAUGCCAGCAACAGCCAUGAGGAAAGCCUGCAGGAGGCCUGGGACUAUGUGCAGGCACAGGUGAAGUGCUGUGGCUGGGCUAGCUUUUACAACUGGACAGAAAACGCUGAGCUCAUGAACUACACCGAGAGCACCUAUCCCUGCUCCUGCAACACCACAGGGGAAGAGAACAGCCAGCUCAUUGUAAAGAAGGGCUUCUGUAAGGCGAACACCAAUAGCACCUACGGUGAAAAUGUCCCAGAAGAUUGGCACGUGUACAGGGAGGGGUGCAUGGAGAAGGUGCAGGCUUGGCUGCAAGACAACUUCAGCAUCCUCCUGGGCGUGUGUGUCGGUGUCGCUGCCAUUGAGCUGCUGGGGUUGCUCCUGUCCAUCUGCUUGUGCCGGCACAUUCACUCAGAAGACUACAGCAAGGUCCCCAAGUACUGAGAGUACCCACGGCCCCGAGUCUCCCCAUCCUCAGUCUCCAGGGGCCUCCCUGGCCCACCUCACUACCAAGGCCCCUCACGCAUCCUGGGCAGGCAAUGUGGAGGACUUUCUGGGGUCUGGACUGCUCUCCCUGCCUCUGCUGCCAGUGUGGGGUCCUGGCUCCUCUGUAGCUCUUCCAUUUGCUGCCUGGGGUCUCUUAGCAACUUGGAAUGGCUCCCAGUAUCACCUCAUAGGUGGGCUGGGUCCCUCCCCACUCUGGAGGCCAGGCCACUCGUAUUGCUUUUAAAAACCAGGGAGGGUGGGUACAGCACCUGUGGCCAUCAGGGGACGACGGCCCAUGGGAUGGGUCAGUGUUUUUCACUAUGACACUUUCAUCUUGGGAUUUUUUAAGUUUCUGUGGGAGAGGGAGAGGGUUGGCAGCCCUUCCCCAGGCCUGAUACAGUGCCCUCAGGUGGCUUGGCUCAGCUGGGGCCAUGCCUUAGAUAGGCCUCAGUGAACUCUUCCCAGGUGAAGGCUCUGGAUUGCUUAGGGACAUGGGUCCCUCAGGUCUGACACAGGAUCCCAACUGUCCUGGGACUAGGGGAAGAGGAGCUGGACUAGUGUUUCUUGGCAGCUGGUAGCUGUCCCCUGUGCCCUGGGCUAAGGGUGGGUGAGGCUGUGCCUUACAGGGUAGGGGAGGGUCUCUGUGUGCUCAGCUCUGAAACUAUUAAAGAGGGUUUGUUAAUAAUCUAGCCUGAGAAAGUGGGG